AUGGCGGGUGCGGGUGCGCCAAGUAAUUCCAAUACUCAACAAUCACCACCACCACCACCACCACCGCCGCCGCCACCAUCACCACCACCGGAGUCAACGGACGAGGCGGCGGCGAAGAUUGUUCAUAAACGAUUCGAGGGUCUAAUGAUGGUCCGUACAAAAGCCAUAAAAGGGAAAGGAGCUUGGUAUUGGACUCAUCUUGAGCCGAUUCUGGUUCAGAAUCCCGACACCGGUUUACCGAAAUCCGUCAAACUCCGGUGUUCGUUGUGUAGUGCGGUGUUCUCCGCCUCUAAUCCGUCGCGAACCGCCUCCGAGCAUCUGAAAAGAGGAACUUGUCCGAAUUUCAGCUCCGACACAAAUCCGAAACCGAUUUCGACAUUUUCACCUACCGGAAUUAUCAAUUUAUCGUCGCCGAUGUCGUCUUCUUCUCCUCAACCUCAAAAAAACCACCGGAAACGUAACUCCGGCAACCGUACCAGCCGCCAUAGCACCACCACUUACUCGGUUGCUCCACUUACAAUGAUCGAACCCGCCCGUUUCUCAAUCGACGGUGGGUUGUACUCUCAACUGCACCACCAGCCGCAGCCUUCGACGGUGGCGACGGCAGCAACAGCGGCGAUGAUUUUAUCCGGUGGGAAAGAGGAUUUGAGUGCUUUAGCUAUGUUUGAAGAUAGUGUGAAGAAGCUAAAAACUCCGAAAUCAUCACCGGGUCAAAUUUUAACGAAAUCCCAAAUAGAUUCAUCGUUCGAAUUAUUAGCAGAUUGGGUUUAUGAAAAUUGUGGGUCGAUUUCGUUUUCGAGUUUAGAUCAUCCAAAAUUCAAGACUUUCUUGAAUCACCUCGGUUUGCCGGCGAUUUCCCGGCGGGAACUCGCCGGAGAGAGACUUGAUUCCAAGUAUCAAAAUGCGAAAUUGGAAUCAGAAGCUCGAAUUCGCGACGCAAUGUUCUUUCAAAUCUCAUCAGAUGGAUGGAAAUCGAAGAAUUAUCAUCAACGUCAUCAUAGUUCGUCAGGUGAGCUUGAGAAUUUGGUGAAUUUAUCGGUGAAUUUGCCGAACGGAAGUAGUGUUUUCCAGCGAGCUGUUUUUACAAAUGGGUAUGUUUUUUCGAAGAAUGCAGAAGAUGUUUUAAUGGAAACGAUUAUAGAGAUUUGUGGGAAUAAUUUGCAACAAUGUGUAGGGAUUGUUUCAGAUAAAUUCAAAUCAAAAGCUUUAAAGCAUCUUGAAAACCAACAUCAAUGGAUGAUCAAUCUUUCUUGUCAGUUUCAAGGGGUUAACAAUUUGAUCAAAGAUUUUAAUAAAGAACUACAAUUAUUCAAAAUUGUGACUGAUAAUUGUCUGAAAGUAUCAAACUUUGUUAAUACUAGAUCUCAGAUUAGAAGUUCUUUUCUCAAAUAUCAGUUUCAAGAAUCCGGCCGAGCGGGUUUGCUUCGAGUACCAUUUACGGGUGGUGGUGGUGGUGGUGGUGGUGGUGGUGGUAUCGGGAGAUUUGAAUUCGAACCGGUGUUUAAUAUGGUUGAAGAUGUCUUAAGCUCAGCUAGAUCAUUGCAAUUGGUUUUACUCGAUGAGAAUUACCAAAAACUCGCCAUUGACGAUCAUGUCGGAAGGGAGAUCGAAGAAAUAUUGAGAAACCCUCAAUUUUGGAGGGAACUAGAGGCGGUUCAUUCGUUAGUUAAGUUGAUUAAAGGAAUGGCUCAAGAGAUCGAGAAAGAAAGGCCGAGAGUCGGUCAAUGUUUGCCGCUUUGGGAAGAACUCAGAGUCAAAAUCAAAGAUUGGUGCUUGAAGUUUCAGAUCAAUGAGAAUCAUGUAGACAAGGUGUUUGACAAAAGGUUUAGGAGAAACUAUCAUCCAGCUUGGGCUGCUGCAUUCAUCCUUGAUCCAUUUUAUUUGAUUAGAGAUCGAAGUGGGAAGUAUUUGCCACCUUUCAAAUGCUUGACAUCCGAUCAAGAAAAAGAUGUCGAUAAACUUAUAACACGGCUCGUUUCUAGAGAAGAAGCUCAUAUCGCGUUAAUGGAGCUUAUGAAAUGGAGAACCGAAGGUCUCGAUCCAGUUUAUGCUCAAGCCGUGCAGCUAAAACAGCGAGAUCCCGUUAGCGGUAAAAUGAAAAUCGUGAACCCGCAAAGCAGUCGAUUGGUUUGGGAAACUUAUUUAACCGAUUUCAAUUCUUUGAGAAAAGUUGCGGUGAGAUUGAUCUUUCUUCAUGCCACUUCUUGUGGGUUCAAAUGGAAUUGGUCUUUUUCGAGAUUCGCUCAGUUUAGGGACGGUAUCGAGAAGGCUCAGAAACUGAUAUUUAUUGCCGCUAAUUCGAAGCUCAAGAGAUGGGAUUUUUCGAACAACGAUGAUAAAGAUGCGGACUUCUUCGCGGUGGCUAACGGUGAGGAUGAUAUGCUCAACGAGGUUUUGUUCGAUGCAUCCUCUCCGGUUAACGCCUACCGAAAUCGCAAAAAAGAGUACUUUUUGAUCUCUUGAAGUAACCGGCAACCAAGAAUUGGUGUUGUAACGGCAAUUUGUGCAUACUUCCUGCUUGUAUAAAUACAGAUGGCAAUUUGGUGAUGUGGGCAUGAGUGAUUAAAGUGGGUUUUUGGGAAAGGAAUCCAAAGAGAGAAAAAAAGCAAGAAUUCUUCUUUUGGUGGUAUUUGGUCAAAGAAACACAAGCCUUGGAAGGACCAAAAUGCAAAGAUUUUCCAUCAAAAGGGGCUAAAUUGUCAAGUUUGUUUCUUUAUUGCCAACCAAUGAAAAGCAAAGUGCAAGUCUCUUUCCAAUCAAGUGAAAGAAAGACAACAAAUGUCAAAUGGGGAUCAAAUUGGAGCAUCAUGAAUCUUUGAGGGGCUAAAAUGGAAAUAAAGAAAUUAUCAAUUUCUACCUCAUACAAUAAAAAGUAUGCAUUAUUUUGGAUUUUAUCCAUUAUUUGGGAAAAAAGGGUGUUUGAAGAAAGCUUGGCUAACGAUGUACCGAAGCGCAGGGAGGUUUGUCGGCCCGACGCAACCGAUAAAGACGUGUUGAUUGUGAUUUUGUGAUUAUGCAAUAUCUCAAACUUGAAGGAAUAAUGUGUAAUACUGAUAUAUUAACAUCAGAUAUAGUGUAAAUGAAUAUUGUGACAUCUGAGUCUGGUUUUUUACUAUUUA